AUGGCUCAAAACACAGACGGCCAAAACCCCUUCGCCGAGCCCAGCCAACUUGACAACCCUUUCCAGGACCCAGCUGUGAUCCAGCACCGGCCGAGCCCGGGCCCGAACUAUGCCACGCUCGACGUCUACAACCCUUUUGAGACCCGAGAGCAGCCACCAUCAACCUACGAGCCUCCUGCCCCUGCCCCAGCCCCACUGCCCCCACCCUCAGCUCCCCCGCAGUCCUCCAGAAAGUUCAGCCCAUCAGAACCCAAGAACUAUGGCUCCUACAGCACCCAGGCUUCCGCCGCAGCAGCCACGGCAGAGCUGCUCAAGAAGCAAGAGGAGCUCAACAGGAAGGCAGAGGAGCUGGACCGGAGGGAGCGGGAGCUGCAGCACGCUGCCCUGGGGGGCAAAGCCACUCGACAGAACAAUUGGCCCCCUCUGCCUUCUUUCUGCCCCGUCCAGCCCUGCUUUUUCCAGGACAUCUCCAUGGAGAUCCCACAGGAAUUUCAAAAGACAGUGUCCACCAUGUACUAUCUCUGGAUGUGCAGCACUCUGGCUCUUCUCCUGAACUUCCUCGCCUGCCUCGCCAGCUUCUGUGUGGACACCAACGGGGGCACCGGCUUUGGGCUCUCUAUCCUCUGGAUCAUUCUCUUCACUCCCUGCUCCUUCGUCUGCUGGUACCGCCCCAUGUACAAGGCUUUCCGGAGCGAUAGUUCGUUCAAUUUCUUCGUUUUCUUCUUCAUUUUCUUCGCCCAGGAUAUACUUUUUGUCCUCCAGGCCAUUGGCAUCCCAGGUUGGGGGUUCAGUGGCUGGAUCUCCGCGCUGGUGGUGCUGAAGACCAACACGGCUGUAGCUGUGCUCAUGCUGCUGGUCGCCCUGUUCUUCACUGGCAUCGCCGUGCUGGGAAUCGUGAUGCUAAAGCGGAUCCACUCCCAGUACCGCAACACAGGUGCCAGCUUCCAGAAGGCCCAGCAAGAAUUCGCGGCCGGUGUCUUCUCCAAUCCUGCGGUGCGAACCGCAGCCGCCAACGCAGCCGCUGGCGCUGCUGAAAAUGCCUUCCGGGGCCCGUGA